GGAGGCUCUAAAUGUUUGGAAAAACAGCUCUGACUCACUUGGGGACAACUCAACAGGCAGUGUGUCGUGGUUAAUAUAUAACGCUUUGAGCACACUUGCACUUUGUUUCCCCAAAUAAUAGAUGGAGUUUUCAGAUCUUGCACAAGCUGAAUGGUUGCGCAGCCAAACAUCUCAAAGAAUGCUGGCAAACAAAAUGAAGAUGGGAUUGCUUUCCAUUGUAACCUUACUAUGCUUCCUUGCUCCUGCCCACCAAGCGCACCUUCCAAGCGCCACCAUCUUAGAUCUUUCCUUCAAAAACAUGGACUUUGCCAUGAACCUAUACAGAAAAAUAUCCGGCUACAAUGACCAGAACAUCUUUUUCUCACCGCUGAGCAUCUCUACCAGCUUUGCUGCACUCUUAAUGGCUGCUGAUGGGGUCACGCAUGAGGAAAUACUGAGGGCACUCAACCUGGAGCAGCUGGAGCGGGCUGACCAGCCAGAGCUUAUCCCAAGACUCUUUCAGCUCCUUCACGAGAACAUCUCACAGAAUGGAACCCUGAGACUGGACCAAGGCAUGGGCCUGUUUGUAGGCCAGGAGUUUGUGUUGGAGGAGAAGUUUCAAGAGCAAAUCAAGAGAUAUUUUGACACUGACAUCAAAACUGUAGACUUUACGGAUACAAAAGGGAGUAGAAGUUUCAUUAAUGAGUAUAUCAAGAACAAGACUGAGGGCAAAGUGACAGAGGUGAUUUCCAGCCUGGAUGUACGGACACAGCUUAUGCUAAUCAAUACAAUUUUCUUUCAAGGAACCUGGCAGAAGCCUUUCAACCCCAAUCUCACUAUGAGUGCUCCUUUCUACAUCGACAACUACAAUAUUGUCCAAGUGCCGAUGAUGUUUUUGGAGGAUAAGUUCUACAUGAUGGAAGAUUCUGCUCUUGGCGCCAAAGUGCUGAAGCUACCAUACCGGGAAGGUGUUUCCAUGCUUAUUCUGCUCCCCAACAAAGGCAUGGACUACACUGUAAUUGAUGAUGGGAUCACUGCUAAGAAGUUCUUCAGCUGGAUCAGAAGGCUGCAAAAAACCAAACUGGAAGUCAACUUGCCCAAAUUCAAGAUGGAGGAGUCGUAUGCCCUGCACGAUCUUCUGCCAGACAUGGGCAUGGCCAGUGUCUUCAGUAAUUCAGCCAAUCUGACGAAGCUGAGUGAGGAAGAAAGCCUCAAAGUGUCAGAGGUGCGGCACAAGGCUGUGAUCGAGGUGGAUGAGUCGGGGACCACUGCAGCAGCCGCCACAACAACAGGCAUUAUUCCAUAUUCCUUACCCAGGACCUUCAUCGUCAACAGGCCAUUUUUCUUCUUCAUAUACCACGAAUACACAAACUGUCUGCUGUUUAUGGGCAGGGUGAUUGACCCCACCAAAAACUAGCAGUCAUGACUCUGCUGCUUGAGUCCUCAACUGCUUGUGUGUGUCAUUGUGUUUAUUUAGGCUUGUGAAAGGCUAUUUUGAAGCAUUUUUCAAUCUUAUAUAUAAAAUGCUUGUGCUGGUCUGUUGUGUAAGCCUACAUAUACACUUGAUCCCUAUUAAUAAAGAAUUAACAUCA